GUUUGAUUUUAUGGCAGAACUGAAUCAGUAUAAAUAUUGGGAACAAAUCUGUAACAGCCUUAAGACCGAUAAAGUUGCUUGAUGCAUCAAGUAAAACAGAAUGUUAUUAUGUGUUCAUGUUCACCUACAUUCUACGUUAAAAGGAAAUAUUGUAUAUAUGAAAAGAUGGCGGCAGUAGCAGACGACUUCUGGAAGAUUUACACUAAAGAAUGGCGGGAAGCUCGCCAAUCAUUGAGAAGCGAGAAACACGAUGAAGAGAUUAUAUACCUUCUUAUGCAAAUUGUUAGGGGUGUUUACGAUUUUUGUCUAGAUGAAACAAAAGAUUCGCGCCAUAAAAAGAACAAAGAGGAGAAGGCAACAGAGGAACUGACCGAGACAUACCUUCACCAUAAACUGCCACCAUCAUUCCACAGGGCCCAUGUGACAAAUCAAGUUAGGUCGUUCGUACAUCGUUGUGUAGGAUGUUUACAUCAAAUGUGCUUAUUGAAACAUUCCCCUCUCUAUAUUUACUGGAUUCCCAAGGGAGAGGUCAUUGAUAAACACAAGUUUGACAUAAAAGGUGACAAAGACGAACAUGUAUGUGACUGGACAGUGUGGCCUGCAGUAAUCCAUACUGAUGGAACAGUAUUGAAGAAAGGGGUGGUCAUUCCUGUUUGAUUAAGUCACAGCAUUUAUUUUCAGACUGCUAGGUUUUAUGAUCGAAUUUCAGUCUGCAACACAUUCAAUUUAAUACACAAUUAAUGAAUAAUUAGGAGAUUUAUUUCAUUUCCUUGUUGUACAAAGUAAAGCCUUUUACAUAGUACGCUUUUAUUUUCUCGGUAUUGCUUUACAAUUUGAUACUUUCAUAAGCUACAUUUAGAUGUGCAGCAGACAAAUGCAGUGUUAAUAAGAUCUUGUGUUAGGCAUACGCUAUGUUUUUUUUACCAGUUUUUUCAUAAUCCUUGUGUAAUCUAUAUGGAUACUACGGAAGAGCAUUAGUGCCAGAUGCGUUUUAUUAAUUAACUCGAAAUUUCGAGAUACUAACUCGAAAUUUCGACUUAUACGUAACUCGAAAUUUCGAGACACUAAGUCGAAAUUUUGAGUUAAGUAACUCGAAAUUUCAAGUUAAUAACUCGAAAUUUCGACCUCGUAUCUUGCCCUUUCAUCCGCAAAAUUUGAACGUCUGUUCGUCUGUCAAAGGCUAAAAAUGUAAUGGACGACUUUUGACUCUUCGAAGUGGAAUCAUCUAUCUACGCAUAUAUUGUAUCCAACAUGUAGCGACUUGAACAUAUACUACCAUACAUCAAUGUAUGACCUACGUCAUAGCCUCUAGAGCUACUACAAAUUUCAAACUGUAUCCAGGAUAUAUACCUUCAUUUACAUGUAUAGUAUGUUCAGGUGGUAGGUGCUCGAACUGGUCGAAAACCUUCCAGAUAUGAAAUAGUGAAAUAUUCUAAGUUUGAAUACUUCCCGGUCACCUUCUAUGACCUCUCCUCAAAAUCUAGAUCUAUCCUGGUACCCAAUCUUGGUCAGACUCAUUACUACACGUCCAUGUAGGGUAUGUCUAUAUUUCCUUGUCAUAUGGGUUCAAACUAGGUCGAAAACCUUCCAGACUUAAACAUUGUUUAAAUAGUUUUUUUUUUCAUGAGCAAACGCUGCCCGGUCAUCUUAAUUAUAUGACCCUGUAGGGCUACCCGGUGGAUACACCAGGUACCUAAUCUUGGCCAGGACCUAUACAUCAACGUAAACUAUUGUAGUUAGUAACUAAGUCGAAAUUUAGAGUUAAUAUCUCGAAAUUUCGAGUUACGCAUUUCGAAAUUUCAAGUAACUAAGUCGAAAUUUCGAGUUAUUUAGUCAAAAUUUCGAGUUACGUGUCUCGAAAUUUCGAGUUACUUACAACAAUAAUUUACGUAGAUGUUUAUGUCCCAUGCACCUCAAAAUGUACUUGACCUUUGAGUAAUAAAACAUUAAAGGAUUGUUAUACAGCAUGAGACACUUGUGCACCUGCAGCGUUCUCUUUGGGAUUUCACUCAGCUAGACCAGAGUUAUGGUCCUUGACUUAGUGAAAAAAUACACAUAAAGUGCUUAAAAGUUUGUGUUAAUUAAUAUUAAAAAGAUAUUUUACCUAGAGUUAUGAAAUCAUGUACAUUGACAGGAGUAGGGGCACCUGUGACCUAUGAACAAACAUCUAGCUUUUAGUUUUGAUUUUUACCUUGAUAUCAUUUCUAAUUACAUGUGUUCGUCAUCCAAAUCCCUCACCCCCGCACAUAUUGUCCCUUAAAAGCCUUUUUAUUUUACUUACAGAUUCGUGCGUUUCUAAGUAUGUCUUUAGAUCCCUGUCCAAGACUUUUUGCACGCGCCCAUAUUAUGCCCCGUAGGCGGCGCUCUUAUUAGCAGCGUUUUAAUUUGAAUUGAUUUUGUGCAUUAGACAGUGGGUUACAGUAGAUUGGACGUUUUUGUUUACAUUUAUAUGACUGUUAUUCCUAAAACAUUGCAUAUCAAUGGGUGCUUUAUAUAAAAUGGAAAUAGUUUGGCCGCUUCGUACAUACAUAGAUGUUGCAUGAUAUUAUAUUACUAGUAAAAGGAACGCAAAACAAGUAUACAGUUUUAUUAUAUUCUUGAUCCUGUACCGGCUCCAAACCGUGUUUGAUUUGCCAAUAAAGCACGCAAAACUAGAAUCUAUUUCCCAAACAACUCUUAUUUUCGGUGUGCACUUUUGAAUUAACUAUAAGCAUUUUCCCCCAAACAUUUCAAGGGGAAAACUCUGCUUUUACCAGUCAAGAGGAAUAUUACAAAAUGUGAGCAAAGGUCAUGUGCUAAUUAUAAUUAGUGAUGUUUAGUGAUUCUAGCUGAAAUACUUCCUGCGCCUGGAAAGCUUCUUCAUAUGACGACACGACCAGAGCUCGAACCUACAGAAAUGAUGGGUGAUUUUAAUCGCUCUGUCGCGGAGGCCCCCGCAUAAUUUCCGUGCUAUUAAAACUUAUAUAAUGUAAUGCAACCACACCAUAAAAAUAAAAUAAA